UCUUUGGAAGUCAGCUCCAGCAGUUCAUAGUAGCUGAAGUGAGUUAGCGAAUUGAAAAAGAAAAAUCUGUGGCAUGCAACAGCAAAAGUGCUUAAACUAAAUAUAAAAAAAAUAAAAGUGUCAAUUAAAUACAGACUAUUUUGAAAGAAAAAAGUGUUAAAUAUGCCGGUCGAUAUUUGCAGUCAACAGCACAAUCUAAUGGGUGCCAUAAGUGGAACUCCAGAUACCUCGUCUUUGUCACUUAACACAUUAUCUUUGACAAACGGCUUGCCGCCCACAGAUCCUGAGCAUCAUCAUCAUACAGCACACAAUAUGAACAAGUUGUGCCGUCAAGUGUCAAUUGAGUCGCCCGGACCGGGUGCCAAGAACUGUGUUUUUAACUUUUUUGUGCCCAUUGAGGAUACCCCAGCACAUGGCGCGCGCAUUAAGAUUGUUUGCGCUGGCGCCUGCUACCGUCGUCGUGAUCGCGCCAAUUCAAUUACCAGCGUAUCGUCAGUCUCAUCUGAGCUGAGCGACUACUGUCCAUCGCUGACGUCCAUGGCAUCGCCGGCUAUUCGCGAGGGCUCGUUCUUUUCCGGCUUCGAGGUGGCUGGCGUUAUAGAGGCGCUCGGCUCGGAGAUAACAGAGUCCAACAAUCGUGGCCUGCACAUUGGACAGCGUGUGAUUGUUUUUCCUUUUGAUGAAACUCCAGCUGGCUAUGCCGAGCUGAUGGUCGUGCCGGACUUGGAGCACAUUGUGCCCAUACCAGAUAACCUGAAUAUGGCUGAGGCUGCUAUGUUGCCAACAGGUGCACUGCUGGCCAUGAAUGCGGUGUUCAAGGCACAAGCUGUAGUCACAGAGAUUCUGGCACAGCGCGCUGCAACUGAUUCGAACAAGAAAUGCAGAAUCCUAAUUGUGGGCACUGGUGGUCUGGCCCUCUGGGCCGUGCGCAUUGCCUCCUAUCACUUUGCAGCGACAGGUGCGGAUAGUGUGGACAUAACAGUGGCUAGUAUCAGAGACGAGGGUUUCCGUUUGGCCACAGAGAUUAAGAAUGUCAGCGUUGUGCAGUGGAACGAAUGUUUGUAUGAGCCACAGCUCAUUGAGCGCACCAAGGAUGUGUGCGGCGGACCCGUGGAUGUUGUCAUUGACUUUGGCACCACAUCCAGAAGUCUGCAUCGGUCCAUGCAUUGCCUGUCCAAGGGCGGCGUGGUGCUCAUCAGCGACGAGGUGGCCGAAAAGCUGCUGCCCAAAUUCUCGCGCCUGUCUAAUGAGUACCAGCAGGAGAUUAUACCCAUAUCGAAUGGCACGGCGGAGCAGCUGGCACAGCUGGUCGAAUUGGUGGCCAAUAAAAAGAUUGAGCCACCGCCAUACUCGGUGUUCCCCUGCGAACAGGCUGCUGAGGUUAUACAGAAGUUGUGCAAUUCGGAGAUACCUGGUCGCGCUAUUUUACGCUUCCACGAUAUCGAAUAGAGGGCUCUAGUUCUAGUGCAUACUUAAAAAACUAUCAAUGCAUUAUUUCAUCAUAUUUGUACUAUAUGGAUAACUGUUAAUUUAACUCAAGAGACAGCUCCAGUCAGACAGUCAGCACCUGCAGCACUCUCGUUAACAUUUAGCGUACCCAGUUAAUGUGCUUAAUAAUUUUUUAUGUAUAUUUUUAUUUAUCGUAAGUUAACCUGUUUAAUUUGGUCUGAUUUGUUUUGAAAUCUCUCUUGAGCUUGAGGCCAGUGAUGUUUCAUAUACUAAUUUAGUUAUUUUAUAAUGAAUUUAUUUUUUUUAGUAUUAUACAUAGCUUGUGAUUGAUUUCUAAUGUAAGCAUAAACACAAUACACACAAAUUUUAGUUGUUCAGCUGCUUUAUUGUAUUAUUUAUAUUAGUAGCCACACAUAUAAGCGCAGAUAAAGCUCUGAAUAAAUGUUAUACAUAAAAAAUAAAAACCAAUACAAAAACAAAAAAAAUUGUUAUGC